CAACAUUGCUUCUGGGCUUAACUUUCACUGCUCAUUGCUUCUUCCUCUGUCCUUUUACCCUCUCGAGGCAUUUAAAACCAGAGACAGACUCCGUUGAGGAGCAGCACCCCCACACAGUCCUACCAUUACUCCUCCAGAGUUUGACCCAUAUAAUCCAAUCACCAUUAUAUAAUCCAAAAGCAAAAAAACAAAGAAGAAAAGUGAACCCAUGUCUCCAACAUUUAUUCUGUUUUUUCUCCUCCUCUGUUUCACCUCUCAGCCAUGUCGCCGCCGUAUCUUCACCUCUGCCGCCGGAGGCCAGUGGCAACUCCUGCAGAAAAGUAUUGGGAUAUCUGGGAUGCACAUGCAGCUCCUUAACAAUGAUAAGGUGAUUAUAUUUGACAGAACGGAUUUUGGUAAGUCCAAUCUGUCUUUACCGGACGGGAAAUGCCGGAAUGACCCGCAUGACACGGCUUUGACAGUAGAUUGUACAGCUCACUCUGUAGAGUACAAUGUUCCGGUCAAUACUUUCAGAGCUUUGACUGUGCAGACCGAUGUUUGGUGUUCUUCGGGUGCUCUGAUGCCUGAUGGUCGUCUCGUUCAAACAGGGGGAUUCAAUGAUGGUGAACGGAGAGUCAGGAUUUUCACCCCAUGCGAGAGCUGCGACUGGGUGGAAAUUGAAAAUGGGCUGGCGGCUAGAAGAUGGUACGCCACCAAUCAAAUUUUACCGGAUGGCAGACAAAUUAUCGUCGGCGGUCGGAGGGAAUUUAAUUAUGAGUUUUAUCCGAAGAAUACCGCUCCGGAUCUGUUCAAAUUACCGUUCUUGUCGGAGACCAAUGAACGUGGGGUGGAGAAUAAUCUAUACCCUUUUUGUCACCUUAAUGUCGACGGUAAUCUAUUCAUAUUUGCGAACAAUAGAGCUAUUUUGCUUGAUUAUGUCAACAACAGAGUAGUCAAGAUGUACCCAUCAAUCCCCGGCGGCGAUCCCCGGAGCUACCCCAGCACUGGAUCGUCGGUGCUGCUUCCAUUGAAGAAUAUACAAGGUCCAGCUCUCGAAGCUGAAGUGUUGAUAUGCGGCGGAGCACCGAAAGGAUCUUAUCUCCUGGCUGUAAAUGGUACUUUUUUGCCUGCCUUAAACACCUGCGGUCGGAUCAAGAUAACCGACCCGAAUCCUCAGUGGGUCAUGGAGAUGAUGCCGCAAGCCAGAGUCAUGGAUGACAUGAUAUUGCUGCCCGACGGUACUGUCUUGAUCAUCAACGGUGCUGCGGCAGGUACUGCCGGAUGGGAAAAUGGUAGGGACCCGGUAUUGAAUCCGGUCAUUUACAGACCCGACAACCCAAUUGGGUUACGGUUUGAGAUACAAAACCCGACCACCAUUCCACGGAUGUACCACUCCUCGGCGGUGCUACUCCGUGACGGCCGGGUCCUCGUCGGUGGAAGCAAUCCUCAUAUUUAUUACAACUUCACCGGAGUCCUUUUCCCAACGGAGUUAAGUUUGGAAGCAUUUUCUCCAGACUAUCUCGACUUUCUAUUUAACAAUAUUCGUCCAACAAUCAUUGCACCGGCUAAUCUAGCAAACCUGUAUUACGGUCAAAAGCUAACAAUCCGUUUUAGCUGCGACGCGCCAGUGGUUCAGGACAGAGUGGUGGUAACACUGGUGGCGCCGUCGUUUUCGACGCAUUCGUUCUCCAUGAACCAGAGGCAGCUGGCUCUAGGAAACAACAUGGUGAUUGUUCUGGGGAUGAACUUUUACGACGUGGAGGUAACCAUGCCGCCGACCGCUGUUCUUGCACCGUCCGGUAAUUAUCUCAUGUUUGUGGUUCAUCAAAAUAUUCCAAGUCAAGGGAUUUGGAUUCACUUACAACCUUAAACCUUUUUUUUUUUUUUUUUAACAAAAAUCAAUAAAAUGCUUUGUGUUCC